AUGAUUAAUCAAACAAUUAUUUAUAACUCUUUCUUUAAUAAUAAGAAAUUAUUAAAAUGUGAUUUGAAAUUUAUUAAAUUUUAUGACGUUAAAUGGAUUAACAUAAAAUCUAAUAAAUUAGUUAUAUAUUUAGACUUUAAUAUUAGAGAACGUAUUUGUUAUUUUCACAAUUUAAAAUAUAAGAAGGAUUUUAAAAAUGAAAAAAAUUAUAAAGAAUAUAUGGAAGAUAAAGAUAAUUUAAAAUCCUGUGGAAUUAAAGAAAAUGAAAUUAAUGUGAAAAAUAAUGAAAAUAAAAAUAAUGAAAGCAAUGUAAAAUGCUAUGAACAUUUAGUAAAAAAUAUUGAUAUAAAAUAUAAUAACAAUUAUUUAUAUCAAUACUCUGAAAAUAAUGAUAAAUGUGAAAAUAACAAACGAUUAGAAGUAAAAGGGAACUUUAAUGAUCUUCAGAUAAAUCAGGAUAAAAUUGAAAAUAUGAUUCAUAAAUUAUUAAUAGAAAAUAAAAAUGAUAAAAAUGAAAUAAUAUAUGUUUUAGAAUUAAUAUCAAACGAAAAAAAUAGUAACAACUUUUUUAAUUUAUUUAUAUUGUCAAAAUUAUAUAAAAAUAUAAUUGUAAAUGAAACUAGUUUUAAUGAUAAUCUUAUAAAUUAUGUUAAAAAAAAUGUAAAUUUUAUAAUAUCUAAUAGGCAUUAUAAUAAUUUAUAUAACUGUUUUGAACUAUUAUCUAUUUUUAAAAUAAAUGAAAUAAAAUUGUAUCGAAAAAUUAUAUAUUUAAUAAUUAAGGAUUCAACUAACAUAGAAGAGAAUAUUAUUUCUUGUUAUUUUAUAAUUAAACAUUUAUAUGAUAACAAGAUAUAUAAUAGAUUAGUUGGUAAUAUAUUAAUUAAAUUUCUCAUGAAGAAUUUUUUUUUUGAUUUCUUAAAAAAGCAAAAAUAUGAAAAAUCUAUGUAUUUGCUAUUUUUGUAUUAUUUAUUACAUUGUAGAAUAAAUAUACCUCCUAUUAUUUUAGAUAAAUAUGUUCAAUGUUAUAAUGACAUAAUAAGUAAAAAUUUAACCACAAAAUGUAUUAAUGAUUCAAAUAAAUUAAUAAGUUUUCAAAAUAUUUUAUUAAAAUGUAAUUUCUUUAAUUCUAAAUUCAAUAUAUUAGUUAAAGAAAAUAUUGAAUUAUAUUUAAAAUUCCUAAAUCCUUUUGAUAUAUUAACAUUGACAACAAAUAUAUUGAUAAAUUUCACAAGUAAUGAUAAUAUUUUGUUUUAUAAUAGAAAUUUUACAAAUAAAAACAACCAAAAUUUUUUUGAAAAAGAAAAAAAGGAUAUAAAAUGUUUCAAUAAAAACUAUGAUAAUUUUUUAUCAAUGAAAUACUUAACUGAUUUAGUUAUUAGAACAACUGAUAAUUAUAUCUCAAAUUCAAAUAAUCUAGAUCAUAUUUUAAGAUAUUUCAUUUUAUCAUCCUAUUGCCAUUUAAGCUUGUUUUCUAAUUGGUGGUCAGAUACUUCUAUAUAUUGGAAGUUAAAAAAAAAAAAAAAAGCUAAAAGAAUUUUAGUAUCAAGAUUACCAUAUAAAAAUCAUUUUAGAGAAAAAAUUUCAUACCUCUUAAAUAUUAUAUUAUAUAAAUAUAAAUACUCUAAAAAUUCUAAUGAAAUUAUGAAGGAAAAAGUAAACGCUGAAUAUAGCGUUGAAACGAAUAAUAAAAAUGAUAUUAAUAAUGAAAUUAAUAAAAUAAAUGAUAUAAAUUUUUUAAUAAAAUAUAGAUACAUAACAUAUUUAUUUAAAUCUUAUAUUAGAAUAUCCAUAUUCAAUUUAGAUAAUAUAAAAAAUGAAGAUUUUAUCUCAUUAUUUCAAAAUUUAUUUUCAGAUUAUGUUAACUUAUAUAUAUCUAAUUAUGAGGAUAGAAGUAAUCUAGUUGUUAUGAAAAAUGAUAAUGAUUCAAAAAAAAAUGAGAAAAAUGAAUUAGGGGAAAUAACUUUUUCUGAUGAUUGUAAUAAAUAUAUGAAAUUGAAAAAUAUAGAUAAUGUAAAUAAUUCUAAAUAUUUUUAUUUUUGUCUAGAUAAUAACAUAAGUUUAUAUGAAAUAAGUUCAAUAUGUGAAUGUUUUUUUCUUUUAAAAUAUUUACAUGAAAAAAGUUUAAAUAAUACAGGAGAAAAUUUAAUUAUAAAUAAUGAUGACAUGUUUGAAAAAACACUAUAUAUUUUCUUUGAUAGAAUUAGCAUAAUUUUAUUAAAUAAAAAAUUAAGCCACACUAUAUUAAAUGAUGAGAACAUAUGUAAGGAAUUAUUAAAUAAAUAUUUAAAUUAUGGAGACAUUUUUUUUAAUUAUUAUCUUUUAUUAAGAGUAACUUUGCCAUUGUUAUAUAGUAAAAAACUUCAAGAGCGUUUAAGUAUAACUAGAAAAAUUUUAGUUCAUAUUAUGUCUUUACUAUUUGUAACAGAUGGUCUCAGUAGUACCCCCUUUAAAGAUAUGAAUGAAAUUAUUGUUGAAAAUCAUAAUUUUUUAAAUAAUUUUAUUAAAUGGGAAAAUAAUAUUAUAUCUAUAAAUAAUCAGAGAAGAAUUAGAAAGAAAACAAAAGAAAAUAAAUUUUUAUUAGAUUUUAUUUAUGCUAAUGAAUUUAUUCGUCCCUCUUUUAUAUAUAUAAUGUGCUUAAAUAAAAUAACAAAGUGUGAUGAUAUGUAUUGUGAUUUAUUAAAAAAUAUAUUUAAAAUUGAUUAUAUUACUACUGAGAAUAAAAAUAAUUUUGCAAAUUUUAUAAACAAUUUGUAUAAUACACUAAAUAUUAGUAAUAUUAGAUGUAAUAGAAAAAAAAAAAGAAAAUCCAAAUCAAACGCAUAUUAA